CAAGGCCGCAGGUGGCGCCGGAGGUGCUCACGAUGGCGUCAGAGGUCCUGACAGGUGCCAAUGAGAAGGCAUCGGCACGAAAGAUACUGGCGCUUUUCCAAAAGCUGCCAGAAGUGAGCGAGAUGUUUGGCGAAGCUGAAGCCGAGCGGGACCGUGCCCUGAUGACGUCGGAUGAAGUUAAGCAGACCGCGGACCAGGCGCUGCAGGUGCUGCAGACAGCCACGAUGGGCGACGUAUCAUUGCACAGUUCGUACGGUGAGCUGUCAACAGUACCAUCACCUGCUUACUGUACAGAAACCCUGUUUCCGGAGGACGGUCUGCAAACAUCUCAACGGCUAAUGACCAUUUUCCAAGCGGUUAGCCAUGGCGAGAACAUAACAGAUGAGACGCUUCGUGACCUGGAACGUUCAUUGACACCAAUCGUUGCACGUGGAGCCGAGGAGACGGAACCAAAGCUGACCGUGGACAAGAUCAUCACGCUGGUGAAACCAGUGCUGGACGAGGCGCCGCCGGCGGCCGAGUCUCUGCACGAAAUGGAGCGCACGCUGUCUCCGCACCAGGCUCGUGAGGCCACGGUUCUUCAGGAAGCCCAGAGCACGGCACAGCGCCUUCUCACGGUACUGCAGGUGGCGCUGACCUCGGAGAGCGCGGUGGACAGCUCGUUCUCCGACCUGACCGAAACACUUUCCCCCACGGAGGCAGUCAUCACUGAGGUGUCUCGAGACGUGGGCACAGGCGUCGCGCGGCGCGUGCUGACCGCAGUCCAGGCUGUGCUGCAAGAGGCGUCCGCGCCCGAGGAGGCACUGUCCGGCUCGAGUGCGGUGUCGCCGGCCGUGGCCCAGGAGGUGAGCGUUAGCGAGAGUGCGCGCCUGGACAUUCAAAAGCUGAUGACUGUUCUUCAAGCAGCUACGGCGGAAGAGUCUAUGUCAGAGGGAACCGUGUCCGAGAUCCGAGGCAUGUCACCGCAGCAGGCAUCGGAACGGCUGAGCUCAGACUCCAUGAAAGCGACGGCCGAGAAGGUCCUGAACAUCCUCCAGACUUCUCCAGCCGACGAGGCUGUCUCUGAGGGCUCGCUGUCAACGCUGUCUGGAGCUCACAGUCCAGCCCUGGCAGAGGCCACAGAACACGAUCGAAGUCUGAUCGGACGUGUGGUAGCCAUCAUGAGGGCCGUGGUCGCCGGGGAGGAUGUUCCAGUGGAGACCAUCCGCCAGCUGGAGAGAACAACGUCGCCGGUGAUCGCAAAGUGCACCACGCUACCGGACGAGACAAAACGAAAGGCGGAGGUGAUUCUCACGGAGUUGCGAGCUGCCCUUUGUCAGGAAGAUGUCAGUGAAGGCUCCGUUCGUGAUGUGAAAUCGCCAGACGCUGCCUCAUCAGCCAAAGAAGCGCUCAGCGACGAGGAGAAGCAACAAACAGCUGCGCUGGUCAUGACGAUCCUGCAUGCUGACCCGCUGUCGCCCAGCGUCUCUGAGGCUUCCGUGUCGGAGCUAUCAGACCGCACCAUGUCCGCCGCCUCGGCGAGAGAACUCGGCGGUGACUCACCCCAGCUGGCCAUCGCGCAGAAAGUACUUAUGGCGGCGCGCGCCGCGGAGGCUGAGGUCUCCACGCCGAAGGCCGCUCUGGGGGACCUGGAGCGGGCGCUGUCGCCUCAAGCGGCGCGUGGCCCGCUCACGGAAGAGGAGAGCUCACUGGCAGUGCAGAAGGCGCUAGAGAUCAUACAGGCCGUGUGUGUCGGAGAAGAAGUGCCCGCGGGUGCUCUCAGUGACCUUGAGAGGGUGCUGUCUCCAGUGACGGCAGGAGAGCGAGUUACAUCCCCAUUGACGGAGACGCAAGUGGAGCAAGUUAUUGACCUCGAGGAGGCAGACCCGCGGAUCCCGUCGAUUUCGUCUCCGUCAGAAGCCGAGCAAAGAGUUACAUCGCCGCAGCAGGCAGUAAAGGUGGGAGAAACCGCUGGCUUGGAAGAUGUUUGUAGCCUCUCCGAUGCAUCAUCUCCGACUGUGGCAGAAGAGCGAGUGGUCUCACCACUUCAAGGAGUUCAAGUGACGGAGACCUCUGGUGUGGAAGAUGCUGAUAUGUUGUCUGACCGGACACCACCAGCUAAGGAAGGGGAAAGGGUUGUAUCUCCUCUUCAGCCAGCGCAAGUUGCGGAUAUUGUUGGGGUAGAAGAGGUUGACAAACUUUCAGGAACUGUGUCAUCAGACCUGCAAGCUGGGGAAAGAAUUACAUCACCGCUUCAGCCCAUAGAAGUGACAGAGACCAGUGGCCAAGAGGAAGCUGACACAAUUUCUGACACACUCCCUCCAACCGAGGCGGGAGAACGCAUAACCUCACCCCUUCAGGUCUUGCAAGUGACAGAAACCACCGGCGUUGAGGAGGUCACAACUAUGUGUGACUCAACAGUGGCCGGUCAAAGUGGAGAAGCGAGUGUCAUCCCCGCUUCAGCCAAUGGAAGUGACAGAGACCUCCAGUCUGGAAGACACCGGUGGACUCCCGGGACUCGUCUCCCCAGUACAGGCUGGAGAGGGAACAGUCAGCCCCUCGCAGAUGACAGCGAGCGGCGAGGAAAUCAUUGUUGGGCAGACCGUGGAGCCUCUGGCCAUCGCUGAGUCGGGGGAAGCAGCGGGUGUGGCUCGAGUGUGUUCGCCCGAAGCCAUCGUGUCCGGGCUGGAAGCGCAGAUCCAGAACGUCAUGCUUCUGAAGGCACCAGAAGGCGCACAUAAAACAGACACUUUGCAAUCGGAGGAUGUGGAAAUGACAUGUGAUGACGAUGUUUCCAUGAAGAGCAGUGACAGCAUAGUUACGGUAGCUUCUGCUAGGAAGAGUGGGUCGCAAGAGCUUGCUGCUGACGAUACAGAGUCUCUUCAACAGCCUUCACCAGUCAGAAGAGCUCUUCACUCCAUGGAGAUGUUAUCGACCGCUGUGUGCGCAUCUGCUUCGGCAACCACAUCAUCUGACCACUCGGAAGCCCAGUUUGAAGUCCUCGCCAAUGAUUUUUUGGAGGCUUUGGAAUCCAUUUGUGGUGGGCUUGAUUCUGAUAGGCUGAGAUUAGCGUUGAACAGACUCUGCGACAAAGUGAAGGUGAACGACAAGCUUGCCACUGACGCAGUUGGAAAGCCUGAUAUGUUACAGUCAAUAGAAGGAAUUGCACCAAUUAUCCAACGGACAAUUUAUCCCAAGAUAAACCUGAUCUGCGAGGAAAUCGAACGAUUGAUUACCGAGGCUGGUGCUGACGCGACUAAAGCAGGCGCCACUAGCACAAAACCAAACACGGAGGAGACAGUGGGGGAUCAGAUUCAAAAGCUCGUUGACGCAGUUGAAGAGACAAAUCAAAUGAAGUUACGGGCUUUGAAGCGUCCCGUGGACGAUGAUUCCAUUUCGAGACAGUUCGCUGAGAUCAAUGACUCUAUCGUGAAUCUAUCCGAAACAGUGAAGAAGGUUGUGAGCAACGCGAUGACUGGCUCUGCAGACCUGAGUCUUCAAACCACCGCCGUUCAGCAGGCCCUGGCGGCUGCCGUGGUGACACUUACAGAUCUUCUCUCCGACGACGGACUUCGUGACGAAGCUAUCAAGCUCUUAGCCGUUGUGAAUGGGGGUAUUUCGCGCGUCUCCGACGCGGCCGAGGCCUCGGCACAGGCUCUCAGAUCCGACGACUCGCCUGAAAUGAACCUAGCAAUUCAAGCUCUCCUCGAAGGGGUGCAGAAGGAUAUUGUGGCUGCUACAAACAAGUUUAAGGAGGAUCUGAAGGAUGUCACCAACGCCAUGCGGGAGGCCGCUGCGACAUCUGCGGAGCACGGGGUGCAGAAGUUUCUUAUGCAAGGUGAGGCCUUUGAUGCUGAGACAGAAGAUCUGUCGUUGGCGAUUGAGAAGCUUACGGCAAAGAAAAAACGAAUUUCUGCCGAUGUGAAAGGCAUGAAGAAAAUAUCUGGGGAGUCCGCAAACGCUCGUGCCAGCGUUGACACAAUUUUGAAAACGAUCUGCUCCACUGUUACUGGUGCGACAAAAGUAGACGAAGAUAAAGCCUUGCAAGACAAACAAAUCCAAGCGAAAGAACAUUUGGAGCGACUUGGACAGAAGUUUGAGAAAUGUGUUGCCCUGCCUCAAGCGGCCAAAGAGCUAAUUGCUCAGAAAUUUAAAAAGGCUGAGGCAUCACUGGCAAAACUGGUUAAAGCAUGCGUUGACAACGAGGAGCUGCUUCGGGCUGCUAAAGACGCCAAAGUCAAGCGUCGCUCGCUUUCUCCAAACCAAUCCAAAGCCAUACAAGACCUUGAAAACAUCAGACCUUGCUUCGACCAAAAUAUCCAAGAUAUGCGCCUUAUGCUAGCCUCUCCUGACCCUGGUGAACCCAUCCAGAAACUGUUCGAGAACUUUGAGACGACAAUAAACGCUCUGAACAAGGCUGAAAAGUCUGUAUUAGCGUGUGCUGGUGUAGUCCCAGCGAAAGAAAAAAUCGUGGAACCAGUCGAAAGACCUGUGAAGAAAAGCGCCUCCGACUCCGCAGUGAAACAACCCGAAGAGAUGGCUGCUCCUUCAAGUCCCAAGUCCCUGUGCGAUGCCAGCGCAUCUCUCAACGCCUCGGUGACAUCGCUCACCGAGGUCGUAGAGGUCACAGCGCAGAUGAAGCUACCAUCGGCGGCGUCCAUAGAGAACCUAACCUGGUCCGUGUGUGACACGGUGCAAAACUUCAUCGCCGCAGUCCAGAGUGCCGGCCAAAUGGAGGUGGACCAGGCGCAAGUGCAGAAGCUGAACGAUGACCUAGGACAGCUAACUGCUUCUGUGGCCGAAACUCCUAGCGAAGCUUGUCUCACGCUUGAUGAAAGCUGCAGGGCGAAGGUACAAAAGGAGAUAUCUGAUGUGGGCAUCAGCAGUGCCGUGCUGAAGCAGGCUGUUCAGAACAUGACAAUCCUCAUAGAGGAAAGUGCUGAGGGCGGUACGCCGAUCGCAAAAGUCGUCAAAAAGCAACUGGCCAACGUCGCGGAAGCUGUGGAAAAGUUGAACUCCGCCGUCUCUGCUUGUAACCGAGCCGUGAGGAAGCAAAUGGAAGAGGUGACGUCCAAGGAUUCGGAUGCACUCAUCAAUGAAAGGGCCUCCAGCUUCCGGGAAGCUUCCGUGCUGCUGACGGAAUUGGCCUGCAGCGCAGUCGCUGCCAACGACAAGGACAGUCUUGGCCGGCUUUCUAACCUCGGUCAGACCGUGAAACAUGAGACCAUGACGCUCAUGGCGACGAUGCAGCGACAGCCGCGCGCCAUGCCCGAGGCGCAGGCGGUACGCUUCGUCGCCACCGUCAACGAGGCUGUCGAUUCACUGCUCGACACGGCUGAGUACGCGCUAAAAGCGGCCGAGCCGGACCAGGCGACGUCCGACGCUGUCUGCGCCGCGGUAGAGACAAUAACUGAGCGCGGCCGCGCCGCCGAGGCCGCCGCGCGGCGCGUGGCUGAGGUGGCCGCGACGGCGGAUGCGCAGGCGGUCUUGCCGGACGCGUGCGAGCAGCUGGCGCAGAGCUUCGCGGCGCUGACGUCGGCGAUCGAGGACGUGGUGGAGGCGAGGUCUGACUCGCCCGGCUCCGAAAUCGCACCGCAGCGGCGCGUGGUCGCCGAGAAUUGUGAGCGUGUCGAGGGACAACUCGAAGCCCUCGCGGAGUCCUUGAUCUCGAAGCCGGCAGAUUCGGAAGAGGCCCUGGACGUCAUCAGCGAACAGAGUGAGGCGUUCUACCUCUCGUUGCUGGAGCUGCUGGUCGCGGUGCGAGCGCGCCCGACGGAGGAUAUGACGUCACAGCUGAUGGAGGCGUGUACACAGCUGCGACGACAGCUGGAGCCUCUGCCGAGUCUGCUUGCUGCCGCCAAGUCUCACCCGACUACAGGCGAGAUUACUGAAAAGGCAUCCAAACUGAAGAAGGUUGUGAUGACGCUAGUGGCCGGAAGCAAGAAGAGUUUGCAACUACAGCCAGAUAUCAAGGAUGAGAUUCUCACAUCGUGGGUUAAUGACGUCACAGAUGCACUGUCCGAGAUGCUCCCAGUAAGCUCGGAACAGUCUUCUGAGUUUGCAAUGGAUACAGAAGCGAUUCAUCCAUCUGAUGGCGAAGCCAUGGACUUUGAUAACAGCUCGGAUGCCAUACAGAAGCAUAAAGAAGCUGUUGAUGUUUUUGACAAAAAAGAACAGGACGUGUCGAAUUUCACAGAUACCGCUCUUGACGCAUCAGUAGCAGCAGAAGCAGCAGCAGAACAAAGCGAUUCAGCUAAGCCACAUAAACAGCUGAGUGAUCUCGCAAUUGCUGAAGUUAAAAGGGUUGCAGCCGAAAGGUCGCCUGAGGAAGAUGACUCGAACCUGACCACAAAUGCUCCCGGCGAGACAGAAGGAGACUCAGCCAUGAAACCUAUUGUCGAAGAGGCCAUUGGUAAGCUUUCCAAGAGUGUUAAGGCCGCUAUUGAUGGACAAAGUGUCGAAGUAGGAUCUGCUACAUCCGGGGCAGACGCGCUGGCCAACAUUUUGGACAAUAUUGAAUCUCAGAUUAACGCCCAGGACGCUCCCAAUAAUGCAAAAUCUAAGCAGGCCGUCGCUGAACUGAAAGAAGAAAUUACCGAGCUGGGCAAGCUUGUCCACCAAAAAUCUUUAGAAAGGACUGAAACUUAUGAAGCUCCCGCAGAGGAUGUUAUAGAGGGAAUGACCGAGAACCUGCAGCAUAGUCUGACCUCGCUGGCGUCCUGCGUGAACGAACACUCCGUCGAUUUGUCGUCUUUAAAAGAUGAGAUGGUCGCUGAGAGAGCAACCGUGGUUGCUUCCAUAGUAAAUGAUCUAUCAAAAAUAAUUCAGGACAGUGAAAAGAGCCGAAAAGGUACCGCUGAACAGUCUGUCAAAACGACUGUCACCGACGCUGAAGCCACCAAGGAGCAGGUCGUCAUUGCGUGCGACAGUCUGAACGAGAGCGCAGAGAACUUCACCGAGGCUCUAGUGGACGCCCUCUCCUCGCAGCCAUCGCCAGGCAUGCUGCGUUCGCGAGCCGACUCGGUGAGUGACGUCAUCAGUCAGCUGUCAGCUGCGCUAGGCGGCGUGACGGACAGCGACGCCGUAGCGCCGCAGCUGCAGCAGCUGAACGAGACGAUGCUGCAGCUGGCGGCGUCGGUGGAAGGGUCGAGUCAGACGUUCGACGAUGCGACCCCACUCGACAAUCGCGUGCUGGAGGAGCUGGUGGCGCCGGCGAUCAUGGAGGUUUCCGCCAAUAUUCACACGCUUCGCGAGAGUGUGAGCAGCUUUACAGCGCGACUGGUCGAGGUGCCGUCCGAGCUAAUCCCCGAGGUCACGCAGAACCACGUCGGAUUGGUACGCGAGGCGGCGGAGAAUAUCUCUCGUGCCGUGCAAGAGGUCGGCAGCGCCAUCAGCAGCGCCGUGGAGAAGUCGCGCAGCGAGGGCUACACGUCCAACGAGGACGAAUCCAGCUCCAUGCUGCUGGACGACGUAGUGCAGGAUCUCUCCGGGGGUAGUGACGGGGCUGCGGGGCAGCGGGCCUCUCCAGGGCGGCGAAUCAGCGACUUGGAGCCACUAGGAGACGGCAAAAUCGACACUGAAAAUAUCCUGAACGUGAUGUCGGCCAUCGGCUCGCUGAAGCUGCUGCAGACGCUGGCGAACGACUCAGAAACGCUGACGGACGAGGUGGGGCGUGUCUCGGCCGCUGUGGAGCGCAUGCGCAGUCAGUCACCGGUGGCCGACGAGACCCCGGCGCCGACGCCGCACGAGGUGCGCGCCGUCUGCGGCACACUGCACUCCAGCAUCGAGGAGCUGACGCGCUCCGUGCGCGACAUGGUCUCUAGCUCCAGUGCCAGCUCCGGCGACGUGGACUCCUCGCUGAUCAGUAAGAUAUCCGACUACCGGGACACCUUGCUCAGCGUGUCGGCGGUGACGGACAACCUCGUGGCCGGUCGACCGCAGCUGGUGGAGGACGGCGAGGGCGUGCGGACCAGGAUAGACAACCUCUGCGUGCAGGCGGACACCAUCCUGGCGCUCACAGCCGAGAAGUCGACCAUCGCGCGGAGCCUGCAAGACGUGAGUGAAGGAGGGCACACGCUGGACUCGAACACCAACAAAAAGCUGCAGGGCAUCUGCGACAUUGUCAGCGAGGCGCUCGAACGGCCGCAGACGACCGAGGCUCUGGGCAUUGAGGCGGCGCUCGCCUCCGAGGCGCCUUAUCUGAUGGAGAUCCUUCUGCACCCCGAGAACCUGCCGAGGGCAAAAACGUUACCAGUGGAAGGCCAGGAGAAAAAGACUGUCAUCGUGGAAGGAGUGGAAGUGCUAAAAGAUGUUGCCGACGCGACGCACGUGUGUGCUAAGGUAGAGCAGCUUGCAGUGGAAUGUAAGGACGAGAUUCCGGCGGAGACUGUUAGCUCAGUUCCGGAGAAAGAAAACAGCGCCAUAAAAACUAAGCCUGACACGGAUGCGAAACGAGAACAGCAUCAUGAGCUCGAGACACAUUCCCCGACACUGCAAGCUAGCGAUGAAACAUCAAAAUCCGUCGGGAUACCAUUUUCGGAAGAACUGAGGACACCAGAAGCUUUAAAAACAUCUGACAAGCCUGAACAAACUGAGAUAAGAUCUAGUCCAUCUGUACCUGAGCCACCAGAGGAUGCAAUAGCACCUUCACAUAAAAUCGCCGUAGGCAAGGGGACAUUUGAGGGUAAAGAGGAGGCAAUAGGGGAUGCUGUCCCGCAGGUACCAGUUCCGGGUGUGAGCGAUUUAGCCACCAAGGAAACGUCUUAUGUUGAGUCUCCCGCUGCUCAGAAUUCACCUGAGUUGGAAGCACUGGUUCCAAGCGAAUCCGCAGAUGUCGUGGAAUCGAGUCUUUCUGAAGCAGCUACAGUCGAGAAAUUGCCUGCGAAGUCAGCGGAGAAAAAGAAACCGUCACCUUUGGCACCAGUUGAAGCCAAGGAAUCAGCCACUGAGAAGUCGUCAGACGUCCAGAAUACGUCUAUUUAUGAACCUCCAGAGGCCCCGUCAUCGACUCAUACGGAACCGGUUGAAGCCAAGAAAUCGACUGGUAAGCAAACGGCUGAAGUCAUUGCAUCGGCCAUUAAAAAACCAGAGGUGGUCGGUGAGCUCGUCGCUCAAAAGCCAUCUGCAGGCGAAGAUGUUACCGUUGAGGAGUCAGCCGUAGUAGAACUGGCAUUGGCUGAAGACACCCAGUCAUCAAAAACAUUGACACCUCCCUGCUCGACUUCACUGGAUGCAGCUGCAGCAGAUUCCACUCCAACUCUUUCGCCUUUGGCCUCUAACUCAGCUGAAGCCCUUGAUUGCGCGGCAACACUGUCGGACAUUGUGAAACGCGCGGUGGGCGGCGAAAUAGCCACCAUUCGGGAGGCUGAAAGCGCCGCCGAAAAACUGGGAAAGACUCUAGAAACGAUGGCUCAGGUCAUACAGGAAAGCUCGCACGACCUGCCUGGAUUCCGGGCGCAAUCGUCGACUAUAGGUAAGGACCUGGCGCAAGUUACUGACGCCCUACAGGACACCAUCAGAAGCGUGAGGGGUACAAAAAUGGCAACAAAAAUACAAAAGGAUCGCAUUGACAUAAUUGGCAAACCGGCAGCCGAAAAGGUACGCGACUCCGUAGCAGCCCUCGUUACCAGCUUUCAGGAGAUGACUGAUGCGCUUAGCGCACCACCCUGGAAAGAACAGGAUUCAGCUUGCCAAGCCAAAGCCCAGGCCGUUUCCCACCGGAUCCAGCAGCUCUCGGACGCCAUCAGCACAAGCAACAGCGUGCGCCUGGCAGCCGUGGAGCAGAUGAAGGGCCUCGAAGCCAAGAUGGUGGUGGCAGAGAAGGCUGGAGAGUUUGGCGGCGCGCUGGACGGCCUACUCUGCGCCGUGGAGCGGGCGCUAGUAGAACGCGGCCCGGGUGCCGAUGCCGUCGUCAAUCUGCAGGCAGCCACCAGCAGGCACGCUGCUGCCAAGAUGGUGACGGCAGUGACGAGCGUCACCGGCGACCGCGUGCUGCCGGAGCGCGCGCAAGAGGUGCUGGAAGCCAGUCUGACUGCGGCGGCCCGCGACGCUGCGGACGUCGUCACCAAGAUGCGCGGGGUCGUGCCAUGCGAGGACCUUGCUGCGGUCCACCCACCUCUUCGGCAUCGACUGGAGCAGUUCCAGCAGCUGAAGGAAGAGGCGCUGGCAGUCCCAGCGACGCUGGCCAAGGUCGCGGAGGCUACGCCGGUGCCGCAGUUCAGCGAUGUGUUCGUGGACAGUGUGAAGGAUAUGACCUCUGCGACGGGUACUCUCACAAGGGUGUUACGAGACAUCGGUGAGGAACAUGCGAACGCCACAACUGUUUAUCACGGUCGGGAGGCUAGGAGGAUUAUCGGUGAAGACCUGGGCGCUCUUAAAAAGUCCACCAACGAGUUUUUCGGCAUGCUUGUCAGCAGUGGUGCUAGUAAUAGCUCGCCAACCAAGUCUUGGUCAUCUGAAGUUGCAGUGGUAUCAAAAGCUGCCGAAGAUGUCCAUACCUGCAUCAAUGACUUGCAUCUUUUGGAGCCAUCCGUCCGUGAGAAAGCAAUGCCAAUUAGCUCCAGUGACGUCAUGAAAAAUGCUGUUAGCGUGCUGAGCAAGUGUGCGAAACAGCUAGCUACGCUGAUGGAUAGGGUUCCCGAGGGAAAGUCAGUCAGCAGUGCGUCUGGUGUGGGAGAUGUUGCCAAGUCUGCUGAUGCUGUUACUGAAGAGAUGGACAUUCGACUUAGAGUGGGUACAUCUGAGAACGAUGUAAAAAUUGAGACGACGGCUGAAGAGCUUCAGACUAUGUUGGCAUCGUGCGUGAAAAAGAUAAGAAAAGAACUUAAGCUGAUCGAUGAUGAGUUGGAAAUGGAAGAAGAAGAAAGGAGAGCAGAAAAUAAAAAGAAGAAAAUGGAAGAAACCGAACAGAAAGCGAGAGAAGCAGAAGAACAACGGACGAAGGAAGAAGAAGACCGUAAAAGAAAGCUUUCCGAAAAGAAAGAACAGAUGGAGAUCGAAGAAAAAUUGAAAGAAGCAGAUGACGAGAAGAAACUUCAAGCAGAGGCAGCCAAGAGGAAGAAGAGAAGAAAGCAAGACGCAGAAGACAAAGAUGCACAAAACAAGCCUAAAGAGCAAAUCAGUACCGCGGAUCAGAACGUACCUGGGCCCAUGGUAGAAGGCCCAGGUGAACCUUUAUCCCCGUCAGAGGAUAAACAGCCUCUCGGUGCAGAUCAAACGAACACAAGUAAGGACGCAGUUGAAGCCAAAGCAGCUAGCAACGUUGAAGCUGGUACGUCAGCUGAAUCGAAAUCUGGGAAAGAAAUUCAACCGACAGAAGCAGCUAGCCUACCUAUAAAACCACCCGGGAAGCUAGACAGCGCCCUCAUCGAGGAGCGUGUCAUUCUUCCGCCACAGGACGAAAUUGAAGGAAAGAGAAUGAAAAUGACAAGCGAGCCCGCCACGAAACCCCCUGAUCCAAACAUUGUGCCCGAUUCACCAGAGCUGCAUACAGAUGAUGCUGGUACCGGGGAGCUCGGGGAGCAUAGUACUUUGCCAAUUUCUCCCAGUGAUCUGCUUACACGCUCUGCAAAGGUUGAGAAAAGUGCAGUUGAUCAGGCCCGUGUUAGAGGCGAGAGCAACAAGCGGCAUACUCUCUCUGGAGAUUUGGGGACAUCGACACUAGACAAUGAAUCAGACAAGGCGGCUUUGGAUGUCGCUGAACGGAGAGGCUCACCCGAUGCAGAAACUGCGACUGAAGACAUGAACACGGCAAAGUCUGCCUCGAGAGAGCAGGAUGAUGAGCCACCAGUGGCUGAGCCCAUCAGUGACGUCUCCACAACUAAGGGUGCUGUAACAGUGAAGCCUGUGCAGGAGCCGCUCAGUGCUAGUGCCACCCGAGCGAUUCGUGAUGACAAAAAUCAUAAAGCGAAAAAGUCAGGGAAGCCUAAAGAAGAAACUACUGACAAAGCGUCAGACAAGGGACCACCAGAAACAAAUGCAGCCGGACAGACCACAAAACGAAACGAAGCCCCGGAAGUUGCACCACUGCAACGGAAGGACGAAGCUCGUCACGAUCACCUCGAAACGAAAAUAGCUGAAACGACCGAAGAAACGAGCGAUACGAAGAACGCGGAAGAGAAAACUACGAAAGGUAUGCGCACGUCCAAAAAGAAAACAGCACCUUGUGACACCGAAAAAGCUGAGCCUUCCAGAAGGCUUAGCAAAGGCGAAAAACCGGCUACAAAGCAGCUUAGCGAAGCGGACGGUGCGAGCAACGAUAAAGAAGCCGGCUUGGAGGAUAAACCAACUUUACACUCGGCAGAUCUUGGCAGUAAGGACAAAAAGACUAAAGUUGACAAAUCGAGAGACGAAAGAGACGGGACGAGCAGAAACGAGAGGAGGGAGGCGGCGAUGACUUGUGCCGAUGGAACUGAAGACAUUCCAUUAGUGAUGCGCACCGAAGAUAAACUGGCCAGCGCCGUCAAAAAGUCUGCAUCCAAAUCUGACAGCUCACAGGACAUUGAACCAAUAAUCGGCAAACGCAAGAAAUCAUUGGGAAAACCGCGCGAAGCAAAAGAAGCGGAACCGAACGCUGGAAGUAGUGCUGAAAUUGAGUCUAGUUCUGAACAGCAUGCCGUCGAUUCUCAUUUAACUAAAGAGAAACAAAAGGUAUCGGACGAGACCAAAAAGGCGUCUAGAGACACACAAAAGCUAGAACAGAAAAGUCAAGAAGCCAGAGGAUUUGCUGCUGCUCCAUCGGACUCCGGAUUGACACAACAGCCUGGUAAACUAUCCGAGGAUGACGGAAAAGAUGCGGAAAAGCAAUUGCCAUCAAGGAAGCCACACAAAGGAGUGAAAAAGGAAUUGGAAGAGGAGCCAGAACCCGAAUUGCUGGAGGAAGCCAAACAACAAGGCAAGCCAGUUGCAGUUGCCGCGGAUGAGGUAAACAUUCCAAAGAAAGAGCAUACGGUGAAACAAGAUUCCGUCGAAAGCCAUCCCUCUCAGGAAAAACCGCCAACGGAUGCAAAAUCGGAGGACAAAGAAAGCCGUCCGAGCUCAGAAAAGAAAAAGAAGCGAAAGUCUUCAAAAGCACCUACCGGUGAAGACAAAUCGCUAGGUGCUGCUGAAGACACAAAGACCGCGCCUCCGCAAUCAGAUAAACCUGCAAAACUCGAGAAAGACGAGAGAAGUGUUGAAGGAGCCCCGUCAGGUCCUACCUUUGAGCAAAGCUUUCCUAAGCGGGACGACGGUGGUGAUCUGAAAUCACCAGAGCCGGCCCAGCGACGAAGACGGGAGAGCGCCGAUCACUACGCAGAGCACCGUCGCGACCCGCGCAAGCGUCCUCGCUGGAGCACGCGCCUGCAGGACCGCACCACCAUCGUCGGCACCCGCGUCAAGCUCACUUGUGCCUGCAUCUCCGAGGACGACGCGCCCAUCGAAGUCGAUUGGUAUCGCAACGGCGCGCCCCUGAACCCGGCGGCCGACCCGCGCCUGCGGCUGUCGCUGUCGCCCGAGGGCGUGGCGUCGGUGGAGAUCAGUGACGUCGGCCACCAGGACGCCGGCGAGUACACGUGCACAGCACGCAACGUGCACGGCCGCGCCAGCUGCACGGCCGACCUGCACGUGCGGGGAGGCGCCAUCGAGCCGCGCCCCAGCCCGCCCACCUUCCUCACCGGACUCCGAGUGUCCUACAUUCUGGAGGACGACGUGCUCAUCAUCGAGUGCCAGAUGACCGGUCACCCGCUGCCCAAGGUCACCUGGCUCAAAGAUGACUGUCAAAUGCACAAGUCAAGCCGCUUCCACCAGACAGUGUCGGAGGACGGCAUCUGUAAGCUGCUAGUUAAGUCCCCUCAUGAGGGAGACAACGGGAAGUAUACGUGCGUCGCCGAGAACAGAGUGCACAAAGAUGAAAUAUCGGAGCAGAUCACAGUGCCAGAACGUCGGUCAAGGAGGACGCCUUCGCCGGAGCGGGCCGACGUGGGCUCGGCCGCCAGUAGGCCAGUCUUUCUGGACGCCCUGCGGGACGUCGAGGUCAGGGAGGGUCAAAACCUUGACCUCAAGGUCAGGGUGGCCGCCGCCGGCCGCGGUGUGACGUCACCCGGCCGCGGCGUGACGUCACCCGGCCGCGGCAUGACGUCACCCGGCCGACCGUGGGUGACGUCAGCGCCGGAGCGGCCGUCGGUGACGUCGCAGCUGGAGCGCCUGGCGCGGUACCCGGCGCCGUUCCACUACCACUGUCCGCCGGCCUGGAGGCGCCUGGGCCUGCUCCGGCCCCGCAUCGUCUACGUCAGCCGCAAACACUACCGCACCGGCACCUGGCCUGGGCUGGCCUUCAGCAUACCCGAGUAUUACCCCAACCGCUACAUCCGCGCCCGGCUCCGCGACAUCGGUACCCCGGUACCGGACAUCACCUGGCUCUACAACGGCCACAGCGUCCGUCAGUCGUCGGCCAAGCUACGGGCGUGGGGCCGCUUCCCAGACUACACGCUCUCGCUGUACGGCUUGACCGCCUCCGACCUGGGCACCUACUGCUGCCGAGCCUCCAACGCGCACGGCUCGGCCGGCUCGUCGGCUACAGUCAGCUUCGGCGUGUCCGGCUCUCGACGGCCGCCCCGGAUCAUAGAGAAGCCGGAGGAUAUGAUCCGCGUGGCGAGCGGCGGGGACCUGCUGCUUACUACCCGCAUCACCGGCGAGCCCCGACCUAAGGUCACGUUCCACAAGGGCCGCCACAACCUGCUGGCGUCGCACCGCGGCACGCUGGAGACAGUGGGCGAGCUGCACCACCUGCGCCUGAGCGGGCUGCACUACUCCGACUCGGGCACCUACUGCAUAGAGGCUCAGAACUGCGAGGGCGUCGACCGCUGCUACGUGCUCAUCAGGGUGAAGGACCCGAACCGGGCGCAGACACCCGACUGGGACAGCCGCACCUCGUCCCGUCUGAUGGCCAACGCCGAACUGAGGCGGACUCAGCGCUACACACAAGAUGUGCCUGGCCCCCUGCCGAGCUUGCCAUUUGCCAAGGACGUGGGUCAAAACUGGGUCUCGCUGGGCUGGCCACGGCCGCUCUACAACGGCGGUGCUCCCAUCCUGUCGUACAAGGUGGAGGCCUGGCUCAAGUGUGAAGACGCCAUGUGGGACACGGUGGGCAUGUCCGUCAUCACCAGCAUGGACAUCUUCGACCUGAAGCCGGACCGCUCCUACAUCUUCCGCGUGACGCCGCGAAACCGGUUCGGCUGGGGCGAGGGCUCGUGUUCGCUGCCGAUCCUCAUCGGCCGGCCGAGGAACGCACCCCGCUUCAGUCGCCCCCUGCCGGCCACCACCAAGUGCCUGCUCGGCGAGAGUCUGGUGCUGGAGUGCGAGCUGGAGGGCGAGCCGCGGCCCGAGGCCGUCUGGCUGCGGGACGGGAUCCCGCUGCCGGCCGGUCUGCAGCGCCUACAGGCGUCCCAGCGCCAGGGCCGCUGCCAGCUGACCAUCAGCGGGCCGCGCCCCUCUGACCAGGGCACCUACACGUGCCACGCGGCCAACCCGGCCGGCGAGGGCAGCACCUUCACACGGCUGACCGUGGUGGAGCGCGAGCUGCUGCUCACCGCCGACAGGGCCAUCAGCAGUGCCCUGGAGUCCGCCAGCAGCAGCGAGGAGUCGGCGGCCGCGCUGGCGCCGUUCUUCCUGUUGCGGCCGCGCGAGCGACGCGUGGAGGCAGGCAGCUCCGUCAGACUGUCCUGCCAGGUCACAGGUCACCCCCGGCCUCAAGUCACCUGGGCCAAGGACGGAGAGACGUUACAACAGCAGGACCGGCUCUCAAUGUGGCAAGAAGCACAUGACUUCUACACUCUGGAGAUCACAUCGGCCAAAUUCGCUGACGUGGGGUCAUACUCAGCGACAGCCGCCAACGAGCACGGCUCCAUCACCUGCUCGUGUAUGCUGGUGGUUGACUGCGGACCGCUGAUGUACGUGGCUCCCGAGCUAGUCCGUCCCCUGCCGGAGGUCACCAAGGUCGAAGCCAACUCGACGCUGGAGCUGCAGGCCCGCUGCACCGCCUACCCCGCCAUCUCUGUUCUGUGGCACCGCGAGGGGAAGCGGGUGCGCAUGGCACGGCGUCAGGCUCUGCUGCUGGACGGCGACGGCCUGGCCACGCUACGCUUGAGCCGCGUCACGCACAGCGACGCCGGCAACUUCUCCUGCACCAUGAGCAACGAGAUGGGCAGCGUGGCCACCUCCACCCGGGUGGUGGUGCAGGACUCGCCUGACGGGCCGGUGGAGGCACCCUGCUUCCUGCGCGACCCGGCCUCAUCACACGUGCUGGAGGGUGACUCACUGACGAUCACCUGUGACGUCAUCGGUGACCCGGCGCCCGAGGUCAGCUGGCGUCGCGAGGAGGCGCCCCCGGAGUCUGGUGGUCUGGAGGCAUUUGACCUGGUGGAGGACUGCACAUACUGCCUGCGGCUGUCCCAGGUCAAGGUCACUGAUGCGGGGCCAUACGUGGUGUUGGCCUCCAACAGGCACGGAACGGCCCAGCACACAAUGUCACUGGAGGUCACCAGCAAAGACGCCACAGUUCAAGGGAAACAGCGGAAACUGAAAGUGACCGAGGCCGGCGACGAGCGUCUGCUCCUCAUCAGAAAUGUGAAGAAAUCAGAUGCCGGCCUGUAUAGGGUCACCCUGCAGAACGACGCCGGCCGGAUGCAGGCCACCGCGCGGCUCUGCGUCAUCGGGAAGCCACGCCCGCUCAGCCCUCUGGGUGUGCCCAGCCUGGAGCGGCCCGGCAGCGGCCUCGGCGGCUCGCGCAUGUCGCGCUCCAGGGCUGACAGCUCCGGACGUGGCGGCGUCGGCGACAUCCUCUCCCACCCGGCCUCGGGCGUCUGGUUCUGUGAUGUCGAACUGGUUCCCGGCGGCCAGCCGAUUCGGUUAGGUGACGGUGGCGCCCUCGUCGAGGACAAUGCUUCUUCACCCGUUGAUGAGGUGGCGCCACCAGAAUUCGUCUAUCCGUUGCGAGACGUCACAGUGGCGGAGGGCCAACAAGUCAGACUUGAUGUCACAGUCACUGGCUCUCAGCCUCUGGAGGUCACCUGGGUCAAAAACAACGUCACAAUCCGAGAUUGCGCCGACUUUCGUCACGUCGCAAUGGCCGGAGGGCAUUUCGCGCUGGUCAUCGACGACAUUUACCCGGCCGACGAGGGAUUCUAUUUCUGCGAGGUCUCCAACGCCCACGGCCAGGCGGUCUCACACGGUCACGUGACCGUCACAGAGGAUGGCGUGGCGGACGGGCCUGCAACUUCGGAAUCGUCACCGAUCCGAGAGGUGUCAGCACCGGCGGGCGCCACCGUGCGCUUGUGGGUGCGUUCGACAGGAGUUGCCACCGUCGACUGGACACUGAAUGGCCAGCAUGUCAGACAUCUGGACACAGAGCACACCAAGGUGUCCCGGACAAGCGAGGGGCACGCGCUGGAGCUGUUGCGGCUGACGGCGGAGCACGCCGGCACCGUGGCCGUCAACGUGCGCGGCCCGGCCGGCUGCUGGCACUCGCAGGUGGCGCUGCGUGUCACCCCCGACACCGGCGGCAGUUCGGCACCGGCGCCG